GACAGUCUUCCCAGCCUCAGUAGGGUUCGCAACGCGUCACCCAAAAACGAGUCCAGCCUGAUGAGCACCUCAGCGAGCGACGAGACGUUGGAAAACCGAGAUCCAUUUAAAGCCUCUCCGCUAGCCGUUGUAACUUGUAACCCCUCUCGAUCUUCAUCUUUCGCCGCAUUUUUUUCCCCCUUUCCGAUCGAUCCAUCCAUCCAUGGCAGCCUCUCCAACUCCUGCGCUCAGUCCCUCCUCCGACGAGCGGCUGUGGAGCAGACUCAACGAUAGCAUCGAUUGCAUUCUCCUGGAUCGGAAUCCUGACUUCCACUCUUCGCCUUCCUCGCGCCAGUUCAGGGCUGAAUCCGAGUGUGGGAAGAGGUUACGGGAGGGUUCUGAGCUUCUGAUAACCGGGUUCGACUCGGUCUCCUCGUCCUUGUCCCAGUUUUCUAGCACUCUAAUCACCAUGCGACAGAGAGCUAGUGAUCUUACCAAAAUCACUGUUUCAGAAAAACAACUAAGAGAGAGUCGAAAGACAACAAGUGAGGAGCCAAAGGCUAAGAGACUUUGUGGUUCUGAUAAACUUUUGAACAAGCGUGAAGCUAUUUCCUGUAAUAAAUCAAGCGAUGAGAUAAGCUAUGCCAACAACAACAAAGUAGGAGAUUCUUCUGGAUUUUUGGAUGAGAAAGAUGACAAGAUUUCUUCAAAUGCAAUCCAAACUGCUGCACUGGACAAGUCAAAAACUCUUGCAACUUCUAUGGUCACUAAAACAUCAUACCUUUUGGGCGAACUUAAAAACAUGAAGUUGGAGUUAUGGUUGAUGCAGGAAAGAUGCAAUAUGCUUGAAGAGGAGAAUAUACGACUCCGAGAGUCAUUUGACAAUGGUGCUAGACUUGAAGAUGAUGACCUGAUUAGACUGCAGUUGGAGACUCUUUUGGCUGAAAAGUCCAGAUUGGCAAAUGACAAUGCUAAUCUACUGAGGGAGAACCAGUGCCUUCACCAGCUGAUCGAGUAUCACAAAUUGAUAUCUCAGGAUCUAUCGACAUCGGACGAAGAACUAGAUACACAUGGAAUGUGCCUAGAUUUCUCAUCUCCUCAAGCAAGGUCAGAGAGUGGCUUGGAAGAUGAAGCUCACAGUGACUGCAAAGUGCGAAACUCCCGUGACUCCAACAAGAGAUUAGUUAGCACUAUUUAGUGUGUUGCUACUAAUCUGCUACAGAAUAUAUUCCUUUUGAAAAUAUAUCAUUCGUUUUACACGAUCAUUUUGAUGAUUAACCAUUAUUGCUUUUGCAUAAACUCGACAGUUUUUUCAGAACUGUAAAGUAAAUUAUUGCCUCAAAUUGUUUUUGAUGUAAGUUUUUUCAUAUUGUUGAGGUUGACAUACAGUUCAUUUGCUAUUGCUUCA